AUGAGCAAAAAAAGUAAAAUAAAUAAAAGCAAUAGAUUCAUAGAGAUUUUCAAACAGAUACUUGAUGUAUUAUCAAUCAAAAAUGUAGCGUACUGAGUAUAUAGACAUAAUAAAAUGGGAUGAAUAAGGAAUAAAAAUUUAAAUAAUUGAUAAAUCAUUAUUAUAAGAGAACGUGUUGCCACGAUUUUUUAAACAUAGCAAUUAUUCAAGUUUUUUAAGGUAUUAAUUUUAAAUUAAGCAGAUAAUUGAAUAUAUAUGGUUUUAUUAGUUGUAGAGAUUAAAAUGGUAUAUUGACGUAUUAGCAUCCAUAUUUUACUUAGAGCAAUAUGAUUUAGAAACUUAUUCAGAAAAAAAAACAAAUUAUUGUGGAUAAAUAACAAAUAGGAACAUUUAUUAUUGAAUAAGAAGAAUUAAAAAGUACAAUGACGUCUUUGAAAUAAGAAUAACUAAAUAUUCAAUAAUAAUUGGUUAAAUCCAUUUAGCAAUAAUUGAGAUUUUAGCAUCAUUUUAAAUUGAUAAUAGAAGUAUAAUUUUAUACAAUAAUUGAUAGAAAUUAUUAGAGAUAAAGGCUAUUUAAGAAAGAAGAGGAGUAUUUUUUAUUGAAAGUAUAAGAAUGAUAGUUAGAGCAAUGAAACCAGAAGCCUGUAAUUAAAAUUUAUAAUAAAAUUGAUAGAGACUUCAUUUUAGUAUCUUAUAAAGUGUGUAUAUCCAAACGAAGAAGAUCUAUGGAUGAGUGAGACAUUAUCUAUAAAAGAAGAUGAAAUAGAGAUUCCUUAUCCAACUUCUCCAGCUACUUUUGGAAAAGCCGUUGUUGAAGAUAUUGGAAAUUAUUUAAAUCAUAAGUAAGAACAAUUCAAUCUUGAAACUUUGGAACCUGUUUGGUUUUUUGGUUAACAAGAAGCAGAUUUUAGUUUCUUUGGAUUUGAUUUAUGA